AUGAUUUUAGAAUUUAUUUUCCUAUUAACAGGUGUAUAAUCUAUCAUUCUUAAAUUCAAAGUUUAACCUGGACAAUAAUAAUGUAUAAAGGACUCUGUAUCAUAAAAUACACUUGUUUAUGGAAAUUACGAUGCAUCAUCUUCUGUUUAUAAUUUUACAUUGAGUGUAAUCUAUUCAUAUUAUUAAACUAUAGAUCAUAGAUUAAGAAGAUUAAGAAUCAAUAAUAAUCGAAUACUCUGAUGGUAUUAAUGAAUAAUUUCAUUAUGUAAUGGAGCAGUCAGGAGAAAUUGCAAUGUGUUUUGAAGUUGAUGAUUUUGCAGAUGUUACAAUAUUCAAUUUAUUUUAUGAAAGUGGUACUAAAACUUUAUGAUAAUUAAUUAUAGGAGCAGAAAUCUAUGAUUAAGAUAUUUUAGCUAAAAAACAGCAUGUUCUCAAUUUAAAUGAGACUUUAGAUACAAUGGAACAAUUGUAAUAAGAUAUUUCAAGAGAAUAAUUAUUAAUUGUUGAUAGAGAAAAUAAUAGAAAGCAUAGUUUUAAUGAUAUUUAAACUAAAAUUAUUGGUUUUGCUGGCAUAACUUUUGGAUUAUUAAUUAUUGUAGCUGCCUGUUAAGUUAUUUAUGUCAGAAGAUUUGUAGUAUAUAAAAAAUUAGCUUGA